ACAAACCUCAAGCUUCUUCGAGCAGUGAGAUGACAAAAUGAGAGGCACAGGACUGUUGCUUGUACUGGGUGCCCUGCAAGGGUGUCUCUUGCAGAAUAUGCAGGUGUCCCAGAUCCCAGCAGUGAACAGCACAGAGGGCAGCACAGUCACCUUACAGUGUCACUAUACACUCAGCAGCACUGAGAAUGUGACCAUCGGCUGGUACAAGUGGUACAGACAUGUGCCGGGGGGGCCUGAUGUCUCUAAUAAUAAUGGUGAUUAUACAGGCAGAGUCUCCAGAGCAUCUCAGAGUGAAUUUUUCAAUAACAGAUCAGCCAACAUCCAGCUGCACAGAGUGCAAUCCUCAGACACUGGAAUGUACAUCUGUGAAGUUACAUUUGUGUUCAGUCAGACUCUACAAGGACAUGGGAAUGGGACGUUCCUUAAUGUGACAGGUGAUGUGACAGAUCAGCCAGAAUCCAGUACCUCCCCUCACAAUUUCUACUAUUUCCUUAUUGUGCCAGGGAUCAUGGGGAUCAUAGUGGCAGUUUAUAUCUACACUAAAUAUGUCUCUACCUUCCCCAGGGAAGUGGAACCUUGCACGUAUACAGAUUUUACAGCACAAGCUCCGCGAAUCCAUGCGAAUACUCCUGCACAACAGCAGAUGCAGAACAAUGAGGAGUGUGGUUUCAGCAUGGAAAAUGAUCAAUACACAUGUGAUGAAACUGAAAUCGUCAGAAACAGAUAUCCUCCUCAGGCCUGCCAGGAUCUGAAUGUGUACAGUGAGCUAUCCUAGUGCCUAGUUUCACAUCCUGGUGUGGGGUGUGUAGAUAUAUAUAUAUAAUCUGUAGCAAGCGGCCGCACUCUGGAAACCGGACUUUUCUCAAUCUUUGUGGGUGCAGGGUCAAAAAAAUCAUAUGUAGAUUUGUUGACGAGGCCGAAACGUCGGAUUGAUGUACUGAAUAAAAUCACUGUUUGAUUAAAUGAA